AUGGCCAACACCGGCACCCAGGGGGGGGCGCCAGCUCUCUUCACGCCAGAAUCUUCACGUUGGCGCUGCAGGGAGGCCACCCGUGGCGGUUAUGAGACCGUUGACGCCUCUGCCGAUGCCCUGCACCGCCCCUAUACAGCGCUGGCGGCCCUGCUCCACUGUUCCCCUGAUGAGCUCGCCAUCGUGAGCAGCGCCACCGCCGCAUGGCAGCAAGUCAUCUAUGGCCUGGCGUGGACUUGGCGGCCCGGAGACCGGGUGCUCACCAGCGUCGCGGAGUACGGGAGCAACUACAUCGCGAUGCUGCAGUUAGCGAGACGAACAGGAGUUCGAAUCGAAGUGAUCCCGGAGACAACGGAUGGAGACAUUGACAUAAAGGUAAAGGUAAAGCUGGCGAGCGGCAAGCCCCCAGUGCUCGUAGCCAUCACCCAUGUGCCAACCAGCUCAGGUGGGCGCGUGUACGAUGCCGCAGCAGUUGGGGCGGUGUGCCGUCAAGCCGGCGUGCUGUACAUGCUAGAUGCCUGCCAGAGCGUAGGGCAGCUACCCGUGGAUGUCCAGCACAUCGGCUGCGACUUCCUGUCUGCAACUGGGCGCAAGUACCUGCGUGCGCCACGCGGCAGCGGCUUCCUGUUUUGCAGAAGAGAUGCGCUCAACAAGUUUGAGCCUGCCCUGCUGGACAACGUUGGCGCAUCCUGGACGGGACGGGACGAGUACACCAUGCAGCCCAGCGCCAAGCGGUUUGAGUCAUACGAGAUGAGCUUCGCUGCAAAGGUUGGGCUGGGCGUCGCGGUCGGCGAGAUGGUGGAGGAGCUGGGCAUUGACCUUGUUUGGGAGCGCAUUCAGCACCUAGCACACGUGGUUCGGCGUGGCCUGCGGGAGCUGCAAGGCGUGACUGUCCAGGAUCACGGCCGCCAGCUGUGUGGCCUGGUCAGCUUCACAGUGGCAGGCCUGACAGCUGACCAGGUGCAGCAGGCGCUGUCGGCGCAGCACAUCAACGUGUCUGUGUCACGCAUCGGCUCCACCAGGAUUGACUAUGAGCGGCGCGGCUUGAGCGAGGUCGUGCGUGCCUCGGUUCACUACUACAACACAGAGGCGGAGCUGCAACGCUUCCUGACGGCAGUUGCUGGCCUGGCAGGCGCGCUAAGCUGA